GACAGUCUGUGGUGGAGUCACUUCAACCUGCUCACGGCUGUAAUCUCCUGAGACACACAAACACACUGAACGACAAAACUAGACCGUUUCCACACGUUCAUGUCACAAGACAUUGACUUCUGAGAGACAGGAUAUUAACGUUUAGGAGCGUGUGAGUUUGGUGAAUAGAAACCCUGCUGAAGAGGAGCUCCUCAACCUGCACUGGGAUGAAUCGCUGCACAGCCGCGUUACUUCUGUUGGUCAUUGCAGUUUAUUCGCUCAACACAGAAGCAUACAAAUGCAGAUGCACCAGGAAAGGCCCCAAGAUACGAUACAAGGAUGUGCAAAAACUUGAAAUUAAGCCUAAACAUCCUUUGUGCCAGGAGAAGAUGAUAUUCGUCACCAUGGAGAAUGUGUCCCGUUUCAAAGGUCAGGAAUACUGCCUGCACCCCAGACUACAGAGCACCAAGAACCUGGUCAAAUGGUUUAAGAUCAUGAAGGACAAGCACAAGGUAUAUGAAGCCUAAUAGUGUGAAGAGUUACGGAGGUUGAAAGUUCUGUGGAAUGUACAAACCCACCAUUGUGCAUCUGUGGAUCAGCAGAGGACCAGUUUUCCAAGAAUCGCGAGGCAUUUGCUCAGACAAGCUUACCAAGCACAAGACCUUUUCUUCAGGAACAAUGUCCCAAAAAAUACAAAUAAAAAUCUUAUUCACAUUUCAAAUGUAAUUGUGGUCCAAAAGAAGCACUAUGUAUUUAUUCCAAGUGUUAGACUUGCAACAAAAAAAAAAAAAAAAAAAAAA